AUGGCUACUGCGACUGAGAAGAAUUACUACCAUGUUGGAGUUCUACUCUUCCCGGGGGUUGACAUCCUCGACUUUGCGGGCCCCAUUGAAGUAUUGUCGCAUGCCUUGCACAAUCACAAUCCCGACAGCCCUGACAGGAUGUUUACAUUCGAUACCAUCGCACGGACGUCACUCAUACGAGCCGCAAACUGCUUGACUCUCAAGGUCGAUGUACUGCUGGAUGAGGCGCGGAAAUGUCUUUCUCAGUACGACAUUCUGAUCGUGCCGGGAGGGCCACCUUCUGUGAUACAACUCUUGGCAGAGAGCAGCAUCCCUGAAGUGCAGCUGAUCCGCGCCUAUGCGAGUCUCCCCGCCACACUCAAUCCGCAGCGUCCUAGGAUCUUGUUUUCGAUUUGUACUGGGGCUCUUUUGGUGGGUGCUACCGGCCUUCUCUCAGGAUUGACUGUGACCACCCACCACCGCGCGCUAGAUACGCUUCAGCAACUUUGUGCUCGAUUCGGGGGGAAAGACCGCAAACUUCCAGAGGUAGUGUUCAAGCGCUAUGUGGAUGGAGGAUUUCUGGAAGAGAACUCAUUACGAGUCAUUACAGCCGGUGGUGUGAGCUCUGGUCUUGAUGCGAGUUUCUACCUUGUCCGUCUGCUUACUGAUUCGGAGAUGGUUUCGUUUAUUUCUCGGGUGAUGGAAUACGAUUGGAAACAACUAAAUUAG